CCCCCUUUUUGCUCACCAUUUUCCCUUGACCAUUUCAGCCAUGGCGCCCAAAGUUUGCCGGAAGAGAGCUCCUCCCAGCCACCGGGACCUGGACCCCAAGAUGCGAUGUCCAGUGACCACGGAAGAGGAAACGACUUCGGACAGCAACUCUUUGGGUCUUUGUGGUCCCAGCGAGCUGAGGGCUUUGCCACGCAGUCGCCGCAUCACGGCCGAGGCGGCCGCGGAGGCGGCCCAGUCAAGUCCUGUGCCGGAAGGCCUGGCCAUGGAGGAAGCCUUGCGCAUGAAAUUGAGGUGUUUGGAUCGGAAGCUGGGUGGCCGAAUGCUGAGUGAUCGAAAGCUGCUGGGUCGCAGAGACUUGGCACAAGAGAUCCUGUCCUUUGUUCAGGCGGAACGGCCCUUGAUGAACACCGAGGUGGGUGGCAAGAUGUUCGUUGACAGCGGCUCUGCCAACGUGGAUCUCUUCUUCCACUCAGUGCCACAGGAGAAACCAAGCAAAAGCAUUCAACUAGAGAAUUUGCUUGCGAAAGCCUGGGAUGAGAAUCCAGAGGUGUGUCUCAAGCAGAUUUAUUUUCUUGGAGCUAGCAGGGAAGGGAAACAGGACAGGUAUGCCUUCUAUGAUGCUAUGCUAUGGCUUUGGCAGAAGGAUCCGGCAACUCUUUUGGCCAACCUGCAUCACAUCCCUGAGUGCAACUAUUGGAAGGCCUUGUUGGAGCUCUUGGCCCGACUCUGCGAAGGGCCUCGUCGCAGCCUGGAACGUGACGUGGCGCUCUAUGGCCACUACAUGCGCCACAAGGACUCCAACGAGGACGAAAAGAAGAAAUUCACCUGUGGAGAUGCCGAGGUGGAUGGCUCAGAUCAGGGCCCUUGGUGUCCCGGAUCACGUCUCGAGUUGGCGGCAGAGGCAUUGAAGCGCUAUGACCAGGAUCCCUUGUAUCGCGUGCUCUUCGAACGAACCGGACAGCUCUUCGCGGAGCAAUUGAGAGAAGAUCUCCGUCGGAUGCAGAAGGGACAACGCAUCAGUCUAUGUGCGAAGUGGUGCCCUUUGCUUUACCACUCCUUUGAUCGCAGGACGCUGAUCUCGGAAUCUAUUGCCCGGUGGCUUUUCCCAGUUCAUGACUUCCCGGACUUCGCAAAGCUCACGGAGCGGCAGUACGCCUUCCGCGCGCGAGACCGACUGCGGAAGUCACUCAGCCAGCUGAAGGAGUACAUGAAGUGCACUGAACGCCUCAUGUGCCAGCAGCGCUGGGAAGAAAUCCAAUAUCAGAAGGUCCACGGCUCUUGCCUCAGCAUAAACGCCAAGGUCUUCGAGAAGCACGAUCCACUUCGCUUCCAAGAAUUUGUGGAAAACUUAGCCCAGCAGAAAGGCAAAGUGAAUGUGGGAGCUUUACAACCCCAUCAGUUGCUGAUGCGCGCAGUGGCCAGCUCUGGCUUUGAACGCGUCCUGGCGCAGGCCCAAUGGCAAUCUCUUGUGGCACAGCUCCGCGCCGCAGGCGCUUUGUCCCAUUGCAUUGCGGUUUGCGAUGUGUCGGGGUCGAUGCGCACACCCGCAGCCCCAAACGUGUCGUGUAUGGAUGUGGCCAUUUCGUUGUCGCUCCUCUUGGCGGAAGUUGCUGAUGGCCCAUUUGCCCGGCAUGUGAUUACUUUCCAUGAGUCACCUCAAUUAGUGAAACUUCCCGAGACCCAUGACCUGCUGGAGCUCUACCAGUUUAUGAAAAGUUUGGACUGGGGCAUGUCCACCAACUUUCACAAAGUCUUCGAUCUCUUGAAGUCUCGAGCUGCGCAAGCUGCUGCUCCUGAGCAAGUCUUCGUUUUCUCCGACAUGCACUUUGCCCAGGCCCAAGGUGGCGAUGAGGGCGAGACAACGCUACGGAGGGCACAGAAGGAGUACCAGAAGUUGGGCUUGGAGUUGCCAGAGCUGGUGUUCUGGAACUUGGCCGCCAGAGCCUUGCCCGGCGGCCCAGGAGCUCCUGCCUUGGCCAACGAUGCGGGCGUCGUCCUCAUGUCGGGCUUCUCACCGCAGAUGCUCCGAGACCUCAUGGACCCGGACACGGAGCUCAAAGCUGCGGCGGCGGAUGCGAAACCCAAGGAGAAGCGGGAUCCGGUGGCCGUGUUGUGCGCUGCGCUUCGUAAGCCGCUGCUGGAGAAGCUCCGGGUGGUCUAUGACCAGAGUGAGGUGGCCGAGCUCUUCCUGGAACCUGGGCACAAGGAGCAGUUUCCAGCAGAGCCGGUGGAGAUGUCACUUGAGCCUCCUGAAGUUCCAUCAAAGCAGUGUGUUCAAAAGCUUCCUGUGAUGAACAGCGCAACUGCCCAGCUUGGCAGCCUGCUUCGCAAGGAAGUGAUCCAAGCCUUCUUGGGCAGGGGAGGUGCAUCAGUGAAGUCCUUGCGAGCCCAGCUCUGUCAACGGCUGUGCCCGGUGCUUCGAGCUGAGAAGAAGCUCAAGUUCAGGUUUUGGCUGGACGUGAAAACGGAAGGCAAGUACACAGCUUCUGAGACCGGUCAUGUUGAAGGCACCUUGCGAGCACGCUUCCCACAAGAGGAACUUGAGAAGGCCUUGCAACUCCUCAAAGAGCCAGUGGAGCGUGCAAUCAAGGAGGCUGACGCCAGAAGUUUCCGGGCUGAUGCAGCUGAGGGUGAGGAGGAUGACAAUGACAAGAAGCGCAAGGCGAUGUUGAUGACAUCAGAAGCAUCUCAGAAGUGCGACCCUUCAAGAGGGGUCAAACGACGAAGUGCGUGAGCAAGAAGCAAGAAGGGCAUUAUAGGGCCUAGGGCAUUUAUGGCAGACCAGGCACGUGCAGGUGCUUAGGUGCUGCACCGUAGGUCACAGCAAGUGCUUCAGAAGCUAUCAAGUGCUUUGGAAGCUGCUUGUACAGUUGUGUACAGAUGAACUUCCCUGAAGGCCUAGAGGGAGAAAGACUGCCUUGUACUAUCUUGUACUCUACCUUGUUGCCAAUCUUGAGCUUCACUAGCCUUAGGUGUUUUGAUGCAUCAAGCAGUC